AUGACCUAUGUACCAGCAGAAAUUAUGGGCAAACCCACACUUAGAGCUCAGCCAGGUUCCGUGAUGACCAGCGGCAUGCAAUUGACCAUUUCAUGUGAGGGAACCUCGAGCGCUCAGGAAUAUUAUCUCUAUAAAGAGGGCAGUCCAAAUCCCUGGCGACGACAGAGCCCUCUGGAGCAUGGGAACAAGGCCGAGUUCUUCUUCCCGUCUUUUCAUCCGAACGAAGCAGGGAGAUAUCGCUGUUACUAUAGGACCCACACUGGCUGGUCAGAACGCAGUGACUUUCUGGACUUGAUGGUGACAGGAUUCUACAGAAAACCCAGUCUAUCAGCCCGGCCCAGCCCAGUGGUGAGAUUUGGAGGAAAUGUAACUCUCGAGUGUAUCUCACAGCUUGGAUAUGAUGGGUUUUCUCUGACUAAGGAAGAACAACAGAAAAUCUCUUGGACCCUAGACUCACAGUACAUAUACUCUAAAAACAAUGUCCGGGCACUGUUCUCUGUGGGUCCUGUGACCUCUGGACAUAGGAGGACAUUCAGAUGCUAUGGCUAUUACUUGAAUAAACCCCGGGUGUGGUCAGAACCCAGUGAUCCUCUGGAGCUACUGGUCUCAGUCUCACAGCCUCAAGAUCACACAGUGGAGAACAUCAUUCGGAUGGGCGUUUCUGGUUUGAUUCUCACACUACUCGGGAUUUUGCUGUUUGAAGCUUGCUACAGCCGGAGAAGACCUUGA